AUGGAUCACAUUUUUGCAAGAAGUAAAGGAAAAGGAGACAUUCUGGCGCCACUCUCUUACAAUACGCAGUCGGGUUCACCCGGAUUACGUCCAGAGUACGUUGAUGGUCUUAAAGCGUUUUUUGAUGUGCUAGACAGUCAACGAAGAGGCACUGUUUCUUAUGAAACUUUGUGUGCUCGUCUCUGCGAACUCCCUCGACCGGCUCUUCCACCCAAUUUUCUCAGCUCUAUUGGACGCGUUACACCACCGGACGGCCAAAUCUCAUUUGAUCGCUUUUUGGCAGCAGUGAAAUUAUCGCUUAAAGAUCAAGAGAUUAACAAUAAUAAUAUCCCAAUGGGAAGCCUCUAUCGAGUGCAGAGUGAAGGCCGUUUGGCGCAAAGCAGUCAGCAACAUCAAAAGCGAUCCCCGCCAAUGAUGGGAGUUAAUGGAUUGGAUCAACGAAGAGUCAUUUAUGCAUCGAAUCCAAAUUUGGGUGGACAUUCACCAAAUUAUGAGAAUGGAACAGUGAUGGCACAAUAUGGACAAGUUGUGAUGAGACCGAAAAAGACGACAGUUCGUUCACAAAAGGAAGCAUCAAGUGAGCAUCGAUUACGUCAUCCAUUACCACCACCUGGACAACCACAGAAAAUUGCGGUACCUGGAAGAAGGCCAAUGUCAACGAAUAGUUACAACAGUGUUGCCUCAUCUGGUCUUGAAAAUAUCGUGUGGCGAAAUUCGGUGAUGUCGAGUUCAAAUUCCGAUUCAACGAGGCGAAACACGAUUUGUGAGGAGGAUGCAUCGCCGAGAAUUUAUUCUUGUAAAGCUUUG